UACAUCGGUGUAGUGCAGGCACAAUUUCUUCAUUUUUACCUUUUCCUCGCGAAUCAAAAGCUCUCUAUAAGUAUCUCUCUCAUACUUGUAAACAUAACGUUAACAAAGGAGAGGCAAAGGAAAAGAAAAAGAAAAGUGAAAGGGGAAGGAAAAGGAAAAGACGCGACCAAGAAUAUGGCAGCAGAGGCCGCAGAAGCAGCGAAAGUGGUGCUUACUCGGCCGGUGACUUUUGUCACCGGCAACGCUAAGAAGCUAGAGGAAGUCCGGGCCAUUGUCGGACAAUCUAUUCCUUUACGAUCUCUGAAAAUUGAUCUCCCUGAGCUUCAAGGUGAACCAGAAGUGAUCUCCAAGGAAAAAGCUCGUUUGGCCGCUGAAAAGGUGGAAGGUCCUGUGUUGGUGGAGGACACUUGUCUCUGCUACAAUGCCCUCAAGGGUCUUCCAGGGCCAUACGUAAAGUGGCAUUUGGACAAAACUGGUCUUGAAGGUUUGAAUAACUUGCUGGCUGCUUAUGAGGAUAAAUCAGCUUAUGCAUUGUGUACAUUUUCAUUCGCUCUUGAUGCUGAAUCUGAACCUGUCACAUUUCUUGGGAAAACAAUGGGAAAAAUAGUUCCUCCAAGGGGACCCAAGGAUUUUGGAUGGGAUCCAGUUUUUCAACCUGAUGGCUAUGAACAAACUUUUGCGGAGAUGCCAAAGGAAGAAAAGAACACUAUUUCUCAUCGAUACAGAGCUCUUUUAUUGGUGAAGACCUACUUUGCUGAAUCCGGGUUUGUGUUUGAGAUUGAUGACUCCAAGGAGAAUGAGCAAAAUGCAUCUGACAAGAUUAAGAAAGAUUCUUCGGUUGAAAAUGAGAAUGAUGGCGCUACACCUAACAAGAGGAAAAGGGAAGAAGAAGUAGUUUCAGAAACUACAGAAGAGAAUGCAUCUGCGAAAAAGACUAAGGUUAAAGAGAAUUAGCCCUUAUUUAGGGAUUGGGAAUCACCGAGGAUCUUGGCAUAAGUUUCUUACUUUUUUUGUUUGCGUACACAAAGACAAUUACUUUUAUCUGAUCAAACUUGUUGGAGAUUCACUAUCUCCCGAAUUCUAAAUGAAGUUUUUUUGCAUGUAGAAGCUAUGAGUCAUGGGAACGGUAGAUUUACUCUAUGUAAUCAAUAUGAACCUUAUGAAAAUUAUCGUAUCUGCUAUUAGUUUUUAGUUAA